GGGAGCAGCUGAUGCAGGAUGUGGGGACAGACAAUGAUCGGGAAAUCUUGCCUCCUGCUGUUACUUCUGCAAGAUACAGCUCUCUGAUUGGAUAUCCUAUUGGUGCGCGCUCGGAUACCGGUCGCUGAUUGGUCGAGAGCUCGGGCGCGGCGGUUUAUUGUGGAGGAAGCAGAAUCAUAAAGGUGUGUGACGUCACAUCCUCUGCCAACGGGUCACAGGAAAUAACAGAAACAGGUAUUCCCAGAUCCCUGAUCACUUUCCGGAGACCAUGAGCUCCAAGCCUGAUGACGUCUUCUCCCUGACCAAAGAGGAGGAAGCAAGUGGGGUGACCGGCAGGAUGUAUAUUCCGAAGAUCAUCUCCCAGGGCCCAGCGAAGGAAUGGAUCGAGAGGCGCAGGCUCACCAUCCGACCCUGGGCCUCCUUCGUCGACCAGAAACGUUUCUCCCGGCCGAAGAAUUUUGGCGAGAUGUGCAAGCGGCUGGUGAAGAACGUGGAGUAUUUCCAGAGCAACUACGUGUUUGUGUUCCUGGGCCUGAUCGUGUACUGUGUGAUCACCUCUCCGAUGCUGCUCAUCGCCCUGGUGGUGUUUUUCGGAGCUUGUUACAUUGUGCACCUGCGGGCCUCCCAGUCUCGCCUUGUCCUGUUCGGUCGGGAGCUGAGUCCUGCCCAUCAGUACGGCCUCUCGGGGGCGAUCUCUUUCCCCUUCUUCUGGUUGGCCGGUGCUGGGUCCGCAGUGUUCUGGGUCCUGGGAGCCACCCUGGUGUUUAUCGGUGGCCAUGCUGGUUUCCAUGAGUUGGAGUCUGGAGACGGUGAUGAGCUUCAGAUGGAGUCGGUGUGAGGUGUGCUGGCUGGCUCUCGCCCUGGGAGGACCCUUCUAUCUGUAGCACUUUAUAGAGAGGGAGAGGGUGGGCAGUCAGUCUGCAUUUCCCACCAGCUGCUCCCUGUAUUAAACUCAAUCACUCCGGGGGGAGGGGGAGGGGGUUAUCGGAUGGGUCAUCUGUGUGUUCCACUCUCAACUCGCAUUGUCCAGGAAACGCAUGCCUCACUCUUAACCUUUCAGCCAAUCCCACUCGUUAUCAUCUCUGACCAUUAAUGUUAUAUACUCGCUUAGAUUGUGGAGCUGCUUUUGAUGUUUUCCAUUAUUUGCUGGUUAAUGUAACUGAUAUUAGUGAACACAGGGAAGGUGAUCUGUGAGCAGGCUGGGGGUUGGUCACCGUGGGAAUACUCGCUCAGCUCCCUCGGGGGUCAGUGGGUAUUUGUUUGUGAAGUGACUGUGUGUCUUUGUAAAGACCUGCUGGCUGAGCGGGCGUAACUCCGGCACGCUCAGACUGCGGCUUCUAUCCUGUCUGUCACCUUCCCUGUCCCUCAGCCUCCCCAUUCCUCACCUUCCACAUCCUCCUCCCCAUCAGCUUCUCUUUCUCUCCUCUUUCUCCCCCCCACCUCAACGAGGAGAGUACACAGAAUGGGCAAGGGGUUCCUCUCGAAAACACUACCCCCGUCAUGACCAGAGCCAAUGGUUGCAAUGAUCCAAUCCACAGCCCCUGUUAGCCACCCCCUCCCCCCCAACAGUGGUCAGUGUCGUGUCUCACAGCGCAGUGAACAUCCACUGAGUCCUCACUGACCUACCUGCACUCGACCCCCCCCCCCCCCCACCUUCCCCACAUUGCACAUGCUCGCCCAAGCAGCUUUUCAAAGGUUGGAAGGUUUCCUGCCCCAACUACCCACCCAGGUGGUAGAGUCAGACCCCUGUCACCCCUCAGGUGAAAAUAUCCUUAAUUGCCCCUCUGAGCCCCCUGCCUUUCACUUUAAAAAUGUCCCUCCACCCCUCUUAUUAUUGACUGAGGGCAGCAGCUGCUUCCCAUUCUCCUCCCCCUACACCCCGUCCAUGCCCCUCAUUAUCUUAUACUCCUCAGCUCCCACGUUUAUCCAGCCUCGCUACAUCACCGCUCUGCUCCAUCCCAGGCAGCAUCCGGGUAAAUCACCCCCCUCACACCCCCACCCAGUCCAAUCACAUCCUUCCCGUAGUGCGGAGACGGGAACUGCACACAGUGCUCCUACUGUGUCCUCCUCAAAGUCCCCUUCAGUCUAUCCAGCCCGUGCUGACCCUAAUCCCAAACUAAACCUGCCUGCUCCUGGCCCAUAUCUCUCCAAACCCUUUCCUAUCCAUGUCCUUAUCUAAAUGUCUUUUAAAUAUAAUAGCUGUCCCCACAUCCACCACUUCCUCAGGAAGUUCAGUCUACACAUGGAAAAACAAAGUUUUAAAAAAAAAGAAUUCCCUCCUGUCUUUUUAAAAUCUUUCCCCUCUCACCUUCAACCUCUGCCUUCUCGUUCACUCCCCUCCCCAGGGAAAAGACCUUGUCUAUUUACCCUAUCUAUGCCCCUUAUGAUUUUCUAUACCUCUAGAAAGUCACCCCUCUGACUCUCUCGGGGGGUGGGGGGGAGAGAGAGAGAGAGAGAGAGAGAGAGAGAGAGAAAGUCCCAAGCUGUUUAGCCUCUUCCCCCAUCGCUGCAACCCUCGAUUCCCAGCACCGUCCUGGUAAAUCUGCUCUGAAGCCUCUUCCCCCUUCAUAAUGGCCGCCUUACACCCGGCACUGGUCGCUCUGUCUAAGUCCUGCACAGCCCCACCAUAACCUCCCACUCUGAUCAUCCAUCUUUCCAAAGUUACUGAGUGUAACUGCUGCCAGCAGUUGGUUAAGGACGCAGACUACCAUGUCCUGGGUCAGAGGGGAAACUGGUCACCCCUGGGGGAGAGCAGGGAGGACACCUUCCGGACAGAGGGUCAAGAUGGGCGGCACAGUGGUUAGCACUGCUGCCUCACAGCACCAAGGUCCCAGGUUUAAUUCCCGCCUCAGGCGACUGUCUGUGUGGAGUUUGCACAUUCUCCCCGUGUCUGCGUGGGUUUCCUCCGGGUGCUCCAGUUUCCUCCCACAGUCCAAAGAUGUGCGGGUCAGGUGAAUUGGCCAUGCUAAAUUGCCCCUAGUGUUAGGUAAGGGGUAAAUGUAGGGAUAUGGGUGGGUUGCGAUUCGGUGGGUCAGUGUGGACUUGUUGGGCCGAACAGCCUGUUUCCACACUAAGUAAUCUAAAUCUGUGUGACACAGCAGGAUCCAGAGAGUGACGUUCUCUGGCUCAGUGCAGGUUGGAGAAUGCUGGGGCUCACUGGGCAGUGGAGAGGGUGCUCUUCCCAUGGAUCUGCUUCCUGUUACUCUCCCCUGGGACACAGAGCGGGGUGGGGGGGGGGGGGGGGGAAGAUCAGGAGGUGGCAACAGCAGCUGGGGAUGGCACAGCGAAGCCAACAGGCCAUACAAGCCAACAGGGCAGCGUGAGAGGGAGGAGGGAGCGCCAGGGAGUAAAUAGGUUAUUGGCACAGAACUCUUAAGAAGGUAGUGAACUAAACACAGAGUGACGUUCUGCUGAAACUGGUCAAAACGCCUGGAGAGCAGUGCGUGGAGAAAUGGAGGCCAUUCAGCCUGCUUCCCCAUUCUAGCUCCUAGCGGAGGCUGGACCUGAAUGCUGUGUCAAUGCUAACAAUCUCUGCCAGUUUACCGUUGAACCUGCCCUCUGGGGUCAAGAAACCCAGCUUCCCCAGCGCCUGCGUGAACCAAUCCCUGCUUGUCUCAGUUUCUCUUUUACACUGGAGUUGUUCCUCAAACCGUUGGGGAAAAAACCAUCCUUUCCACAUCUGUUCUGCCUUUAGGAAAUUUGGAAGCUGUGAUGCGAUUACUUACAACCCGUUCGGCAACUUCCUCAGCUGCUUCCUUUCAUCUGACCUGGGCCUGUCCCACCACAGCGCGCUCUCUCCCUCCUGAGAGAUUGUUGCCUUCAAAGAGUAUGUUUCCGAAAACCAAAAUUAACUCUUGAGACGUCAGUGCAGUCCCCCUACUGCCAAAAACCUGCUCAGGCCUUCCCCAUUGUCAGGUUUACAGCAUGGAAACAGGCCCUUCGGCCCAACUGGUCCAUGCCGCCCACUAUUCACCAUUCAAUCUAGUGCCGUCUGCCUGUGUUUGGCCCAUACCUACACUGUCCGCGUGGUAAUGGUGAGGAGUGUAGGUGCUGGUGAUCAGAGUGUGGUGCUGGAAACACAGGGCAGGUCAGGCAGCAUCCGGGGAGCAGGCAACUCAACACUUGGAGCAUCGUACUGGUGCCAGGAAUCCGGCAUUCCCGAGAGUCCUUUUAACGUGGAAAAGAAAAGGUUUAUUGAACAAGAAAGAAAAACCUAGACAAGUUGGGCAGAUUUUAAUAAAACACUAGCGAAAAAGAUUCAAACACUCGCAAUUCCGAGCAUCUCCACCCCAGUGUGCAGUCACCAUGGUCUCCACACCUAGGCUUGUUGCUGUAACUGGGGUGGCCACACACCGUUUCCUUCCACAUUCACUCAAUAAGAUUUCUUCAGAUGGUCCCUCUCGUUGAAAUACCUAACACAAGCUGCAGAUUCACCUGGGUGAACUGCGCUGACACUGAAGUCCCACACCUCCACUGCUCCUGCUGUGAUCUGUCAAUAGCCAAUUACUCCUGUUUUGUACUAUGGUCAAAAUAAAUGUCUCGAGGCUUCUUUCAACUCA